AUGAAGUUUUUGAUCGUUUUGGCGUUUUGUGUUGGAAUUGUGCAAGCUGGCAUGUUUUGCUCUGUUUGUAUUCAAUUGGUUGAGAAAGUUUUGGAAGCUGGGAGAGAGGAUCUCGAACCUGUCUUAGAGGUAUCUAAUUAAUAUUUUUGAUUAUUGGUUCAAUUCGAAUUUUGCAGAAAGGAGUUAAUGAAGUGUGCUCGGUUUUGGGAAGUUUCGCGUCGCUUUGUGAAAACUACUUGGAUGGAUAUAUUGAUCAACUUGUUGAUCAAAUUGAUUCAUCUAAAGAUGCUAAUGAAGUUUGCUCAGCAGUAGAUCUUUGCUGA